AUGGCCUGUACUAAAAACAAGUUGGUUCAUAUGGUAUUAUCCUCAGCCGUGGGGGUGCCCCAACUCGAGAUUGAGGUGCCUCAGCCUAAGACCGAUUUAAAUAGUAUUCUAUAUGCAGAAUGCACCCCGUUGGACGCACCUAGCACACCUAGCACACCUAUGGGAACCCAGCUUGGCGUUCAGCUCGUUUGCGAUGACACAAAUCUUGACGAGACUACACUUGUGCGAUUUGUGGGUAGUGAACACUAUCAACUCGACGGGUUCUCCUGUCCUCUUUGCGAUAUAAUCAUAUGGAUGGUCCCGGGGCUCUCUCCGUCCACAGAUCGAAAAGGAUUGGCAUUGGUUUUAAGCAGCAGCCUGGGCUUUACCUCACGUUUCGGUGUCUGGAGAAAGAAGGUCAAAUUGCUUACGCUUAGCAAAUUCCCUAUUGACCUUAACCCUAUAGAUAUGCGUUAUAGGUUUGCGGCGAUCACGAAUACCCAAUAUCCAUCGAAUAAUCAUGGUAGCGUGCAAGCUACACGACCACAAUUUUUCGAGAUCCCAAAAUUUGUCGCGUACGAGAGGGUUAAGGCUUGGUUCUCGACUUGUGAGUCGGCUGAUUAUACAAAGGAUUGCCAACCCUCGAUCGAUCGGCAAUAUCUACCCGCCAGGGUCAUCGAUUGUUUAACACAGAAGAUCGUGUCAACCCAACCAUCCAAUGUCCGAGACGCGAUUUCUGUCACAGUCAAACUUGGUUUUAGAUAUCUUUGGGUGGAUCGAUACUGUAUAGACCCUAAUAAUCUACUCGAAAAGCACGCGCAGAUCCGGCAAAUGGGUAGCAUAUAUAAUGGGGUAACCUUGACAAUCAUAGCGGCAGCCGGCUCGAAUCCUGAUUAUGGUCUGCCUGGUGUACCUAAGGCAAGGAAAAGGAGGCCACCCUCGAGAACUAUUUUGAAUUGGACACUGGUCGGUCUCCCUGACGAACCUUGCCAGGUGAUCAGGAAGAGUGUUUGGGUGACAAGAGCCUGGACCUACCAAGAGGCACUUCUGUCCAAGCGUCGCUUGUUCUUUACAGAUCAACAAACAAACUUCGAAUGCCAAACAUAUCAGUUCGAAGAAUCUCACGCCGUUAAUGAUAGCGAUGUAUAUCUUGGAAGUAUACAGAAUUUCUCUGGAGGAGGGAAGCUGGGCCUUUUCCCGGUUGAUAUUCUCCAAUAUAUAUCAUCCUACUCAAAAAGACGACUGACUUACGAUGAUGAUUAUCUCAAUAAAUUCAUGGGUAUACUUGAGUACCUUUCCAAGGCUAGAUAUGCCACAUUCCAUCUUCAGGGCGUGCCGGUACUCCCUCCAGUGACGUACGACGCAAGGGCACUCCCCUCUUGGCCCAUUGGCAGAAAUCACGCAAGUGGAUUCAUGAUUGGAAUGACCUGGAGAGUGGGUAGUUGCCAUCGGCGCCGAGGUGAAGGCUUUCCUAGUUGGUCGUGGGUUGGCUGGACAGGUGCUGUAUACUGGCCGCACAAUGAGAAAGAGCUGGUAUCUCUGCAGGAACUAUGCGAGCAAAGUUUGGACGAUUUGAGAACGAACUACAGUCUUCCCGCAGCCAUUCACAUUGAAUCAAAGGUGUUCGAAGUCAGCUUAGUCUACCAUCCCCAAAAGCCCUGGCUCAGUUAUACUGGAGGUGACAGACAUAGAGUUACAACAGGGAAAAUAAUACAAGAAACUCAAGGAGGAUACGAGGUAGUUGGAUAUGUAUCCUUUGCUCUUGAAAGGCUAUACAUUCGCUCCGACGAAAAACUGAUGGAGGGACAUACCAAAGCCACACUCUUCCCACAAACAAAGAUCGAACGGGUUCGUUUAAUAUGA